AUGGAUGACCACGAGAAAGGACGCAACGAAGUCCUCGGCACCAAGGAGAUCCAAGAUGCCUACCCCAUGAAGGAAGUCAGCGAGGACCUUGUCCCCGACAACCUCCAGGUCCCCGGCCCCAUCCCCUUUGCCGCCUGGCUCAUCAUCGUCACUGAACUGUGUGAGCGCUUUUCCUUCUAUGGCGCCUCCAUGCUGUUCCAGCGCUAUAUGCUGACGCACCUUGACCUCACCAAGGGCAGUGCCACCGCCAUCUCGCGCGGAUUCUCCUUCUUUUCCUAUAUCACCACCAUCUUUGGCGCGAUCGUCGCCGAUAAGUGGCUCGGAAAGUACAAGACCAUCUUGAUCUUCGCCAUCCUCUACACCCUCGGUCUCGUCCUCUUAACCGUUUCCUCCAUCGACUCGCUCAAGGACACCGUGGGCUUGCCCGGGUUCGUUGUUGCCCUUUACUGCGCCAUCUCCUGGGGAACCGGCGGUAUCAAAUCCAAUGUCUCGACUUUUGCUGCCGAGCAGAUCCCUGCUGAGGAUUACCCCCAUCCCACUAAGACCGGUGUCACCAUCAACCAUGCCAUCACCGUCGAGCGCGUCUUCCGUUACUUCUACAUGGCCAUCAACAUCGGCGGUAUGCUCGGUCAGGCCAUCACCCCCGCUGUCUCCGAGAAGGGUUGGGACCUCGCUUUCAUGAUCCCUGCCAUCGUCUUUGUUAUCGGCAUCAUCAUCUUUGCGCUCGGCAGGUCCAAGUAUUAUGAUCGACCUCCCAAGGGUAACGUUCUCGGCGAGACCUCCCGCUGUCUCAUCUAUGCGUUCAAGCACCGCAAGGAACGUGUUCCUGGCACUCACUGGAUCCAGGGUGCAGCCCCGAAGACGGAUGACUCGCUCGAAUGGAACACCAAGUUUGUGGACGAUCUUGAGCGCACCUACCACGCUUGCAAGGUUUUCUUGGUUUACCCCGUUUACUGGGCUCUCUACAACAACAUGAACGACAACUUUGUCAACAUGGCCAUCAACAUGCAGCGCCCAAGCUGGCUCAAGCCCGAGCAGCUGUCCUUUGUCAAUUCGGCCGUCAUUGUCAUCUUCAUUCCCAUUCUCGACAUCGUUAUCUUCCCUUUUCUCCGCAAGGCUGGUUUCAAACUUGGACCCAUCAACCGCAUCAUCAUUGGUUUCUCUAUCGUCACCUUCUGCUUCAUCUACGUUACAGUUCUCCAGCACUUUCUGUACAAGGCAGGACCCUACUACGACUUUACUGGCAAGGACCCCCAUAACCCCGGUGUCGUCAUCGACAUCCCUUCGGACAUCAGCCUUGUUAUCAAUGACAUCACGAUCUGGACUCAAUUGCCUGCCUACAUUUUGAUCGGUAUCUCUGAGAUCUUUGCAUCCGCCACGGGCCUCGAGUUCGCGUUCCGCUCCGCUGCGCCCGAGCUCAAGUCUGUGGUCAUGUCACUAUUCCUGGCCACGAACGCCUUUGGAUCGUUGAUCGGAAUGAUCCUUGCUAUCUGGUCGAACGACCCCAACUUUGUCUACGUUUAUGCUGCUCAGGCCGCGGCCAUGUUCGUCAUGACUGGACUGUUUGCUUGGAAGUUUGCCCACCUGGACAACAUCAUUUAA